CUACGCUAGGGAACUACUGCUUCCGCGUGACAAUGACUCGGUUGUGUUCUGUGUUCUGACCUGUUCUCGACCUGUUAAUAUUGUACACGCGAGAAACCAUAACCAUGGGUUUCGAGUACGCUCUCGUGUAAGUUGGAAUUCCUUGUCUCGGCCGGAAACCAACAAAGCAGCUGAUUGACGCAGUCAUCUGAAGUACACAAUUCCACCAGGCAUUGCCUUGACACUCCUUUACCGGCCUUUUCUCAGUCGGAUAGACCUGUACAAGAUCGCAUUUCUGAUCUGUAUUGCUGUCAUUUCGACCAUUCCGUGGGACUCCUACCUCAUCCGCCGCAAAGUAUGGACCUAUCCACCUCACGUGAUCAUUGGUCCGACUUUGUUCAACAUCCCAGCCGAAGAGGUAUUCUUUUUCAUUAUCCAGACAUACAACACAUCUCUUCUGUAUCUACUGCUCAGCAAACCAGUAUUUCAUCCGGUCUAUCUUCCAAGUCAAAAAGACCGGGCGACACGAUGGAAUUUGGGACACGCCAUACUAGCGUUUCUUGUCACGGGAGGUGGAUUUUUGGUGUGGAAAGGGAACGAAGGAACUUACAUGGGAUUGAUCUUGGCAUGGGCAGGACCCUUUGCACUCCUCCUCUGGUCGCUGUCGUCUCGGUUCUUGCUCAACUUGCCAUGGCUCAGUACCACAGCGCCACUUGCUAUACCAACUCUCUACCUCUGGGUGGUAGAUACUAUAGCCUUGAAGAGAGGGACUUGGACCAUCGAGUCUGGAACAAAGUUCGGAGUACAUCUGUGGGAUGGAUUGGAGAUCGAGGAAGCAGUAUUCUUCCUGGCUACCAAUGUCCUCAUUGUGUUUGGUUUGGUGGCGUUUGAUCAUGCCCUAGCCAUUCUCCUGACCUUUCCGAAGUUAUUUCCAAAAGUUCCGGAUUUGCCUUCGCCGUUCAUGCUUAUCCAAGCCCUCUUGAUAGAUAUUUCGAAGUACGACGAGGAACGGGUGGCUGGAAUAAAGCAAGCUGUCGAGAGGCUUAAGAAGAAGAGCAGGAGUUUCUAUCUCGCCAGCUCCACAUUCUCCGGAAGGCUGCGAACUGAUCUCAUUCUACUCUACUCUUUUUGCAGGGUUGCCGAUGAUCUUGUGGACAACGCAAGUUGCGAGGCCGAAGCCCGGAAAUGGAUCGGUAGACUUUCGCACUAUCUUGACAUAGCAUAUGCAUCUAGAGAAGCUCGAAUCGUCUCCAAAGAACCAAGUGUUCAUGCAUUCGUUACGGAGAACUUCCCAGAGUCAGCUCAGCCAGCUCUGAAGCUUCUGCCAACGCACCUGCUCUCAUUCGGGCCUUUGUAUGACUUACUCGAAGGCUUCAAAACAGAUCUCGGAUUUUUGGAGAAAGGUUCCAACAAAGUACUUCAGAAAUUUCCUAUCGAAAAAGAGCCUGAUUUGGAAAUCUACGCUGCACGGGUGGCAGGAACAGUAGCAGAGCUAUGUCUGGAGUUGGCCUUCUUCCACAGUAACUCGACAACGACGGAGGCCCAGCGUGAUCACCUGGUCAGAGCUGGUGGCCGGAUGGGAAUCGCCCUUCAAUAUGUCAAUAUUGCCCGUGACAUCGCGACAGAUGCAGCCAUUGGAAGAGUUUAUCUGCCAACGUCUUGGUUAAAGUCGCAGGGUCUUGCUCCCAGAGACAUCAUCGACAACCCGCAUCGGGAAGAAAUAGAAAAUUUACGCGGCCGACUUCUUGACAAGGCCUUUAUUAUCUACCGAGAAGCAAUCGGUGCCAUAUCCCAAUUACCAGAUGACGCCAGAGCACCAAUGAGAGUAGCUGUGGAGAGUUACAUGGAAAUUGGCCGAGUAUUAAUAGAGAAAGGAUAUAGAUUCAAGGGGGGAAAAGCCACAGUGCCGAAACUUAGAAGGCUGAAAGUCGCGUGGAAGGCAUUGAAUACUGCGUAA